CUUCCCUGAGUGGGUAAGAGUACCAAAGCCUACCUAGUUGGACUUUGCCCUGUCUUUCAUUCAUUCAUUCAUUCUGUUGCAACCAUUGGAAAGCUCCCAGUUUAUCUUCAUACUUCGUUGUGCGCAUCGUUUCUCAGGGCACGAGAAUAGAUAGAAGCUCAACCAGAUCCCCGCCACCGGCCAAAUACCACACAAAGGAGGUAGCAGCCAGCCAUGGCGACAGCCGUUCUACCUCAGAAGCGUGGCCUUGGCGAUGCAUCCAGUCGUCGCAAUAUCCCCUCUACACCCUCGAGCACAAAGCGACGUAGAUUAGAACCCUUGACUUCUUCGCCUGCAUCGCGCCUCAACAGUUCACAGCAGGGACCCGCCUCAAAGCUGGGAUCGAGCCAACCGAAGAGCGCCUUUGAGUCGGAAGUUCUCGAGAAGCUCAGCCAGGAUAUCGCCGAGCUCAAGCAAGCCAACGCAGAAAAGGAUCAAACCUGGGAACGGCCGCCUGUAGUUGAUUUCAACCCCAGCCGUGAUAACCUAAUCUUCCAGCAGAUCGAAGCUGAAGAAGGCUUUCUCCAUGACGGCCGACGAGCAAUCAAGCUAUUCGGUGUCACGGAAAAUGGCCACUCAGUAAUGUUGCACGUCACCGACUUCAAGCACUAUCUUUAUGUCGCCGCCCCCGUAUCCUUUACGCCAAAAGACUGCGACUCCUUCAAGGCCUACCUCGAGACAAAAAUCGCCCAAACCCAGCCCGCCAUACACUCCUGCCAGGUCGUAUUAAGAGAAAACAUCUAUGGCUUCCAGGGAAACACACAGAGCCCAUACAUCAAGGUCGUCGUGACAGAUCCUAGGUUUAUUGGGAAAGUCCGGAGUCUGAUCGAGACCGGAGAGGCCAACUGGAAGGGUUUGUGGAAGAAGGCCGAGGGUGGUAUCAUGACAUUUGAUAAUCUACAAUAUGUUCUGAGGUUCAUGGUUGACUGCAAGAUUCCUGGUAUGUCGUGGGUAGAAGCCCCUGCGAAAAAGUACGAACUCGUUCCCGAGGCCCACCGACAGUCCACGUGCCAGAUUGAGGCUGAGGUUAGCUAUGUUGACCUUAUCUCCCACGAGCCCAAAGGCGAAUGGUCAAAGAUGGCCCCCUUACGUAUUUUGUCGUUCGAUAUUGAAUGUGCCGGUCGGAAGGGGAUUUUCCCUGAAGCGAACCAUGAUCCCGUUAUUCAGAUUGCGAAUGUCGUUACCCGAUAUGGAGAAAGCAAGCCCUUCAUUCGAAAUGUGUUCUGUCUUGAUAGUACAAGCCCGAUCGUGGCCACCCAGAUUCUAGACUUCGAUGACGAACGCGAGAUGUUGAAGAGUUGGAAGCAAUUUCUUGACAAGGCAGAUCCCGAUCUAAUUACUGGCUACAAUAUUGCCAACUUUGACUUCGUCUACCUUCUUGACCGCGCGAAGCAUUUGAAGGUCAACGGAUUUGAAUACUGGACCCGACUCACAAAUGUAAGAUCCUACCAUAAAGACACAAACCUGUCCAGUAAGCAGAUGGGCAACCGAGACACCAAAACUACAAAUACCAAUGGUCGGCUACAAUUGGAUUUAUUGCAGUUGAUUCAACGUGAUCAUCAACUUCGUAGUUAUACAUUGAACUCAGUCUGUGCUCAUUUCUUAGGAGAACAGAAAGAGGAUGUUCAUUACACUAUGAUUACAGAACUCUUUAACGGAACACCAGAAUCAAGACGACGUUUGGCGCUCUAUUGCUUGAAGGACGCGUAUUUACCGCAGAGACUCAUGGAUAAGCUUUCAUGCUUGGCCAAUUAUACGGAAAUGGCAAGAGUCACCGGUGUUCCUUUCAAUUUCUUGCUCUCUCGUGGACAGCAGAUCAAGUUCAUGAGUCAACUUUUCCGAAAAGCCUUAGAACAGAAGCUUGUCGUUCCAAACAUGAGAGCAGAAGGGACGGAUGACCAGUAUGAAGGAGCCACGGUUAUCGAGCCUACCCGUGGAUACUAUGAUGUUCCGAUUGCUACCCUCGAUUUCGCUUCACUAUACCCUAGUAUCAUGCAAGCUCACAAUCUUUGCUACACCACCUUGAUCAAGAAAGGAGCAGCCGAAAAGUUUAACCUCAAGAAGGACGAAGAUUACAUUGUUACCCCAAAUGGUGACAUGUUUGUCACUGUGAAACAGCGAAAAGGUUUGCUCGCUCAGAUUCUGGAAGAAUUGUUGUCGGCUCGAAAGCAAGCCAAGAGGGAACUUGCAGUGGAAACAGACCCAUUCAAGAAGGCCGUGUUGAACGGUCGACAACUUGCCUUGAAAAUCAGUGCCAACAGUGUCUACGGCUUGACUGGAGCCACAACUGGAAAGCUCCCCUGUCUCGAGAUUGCCAGUAGCACAACAAGCUAUGGCCGUCAAAUGAUCGAGAAGACCAAGGAUGAGGUUGAGAAGCGAUACAAUAUUGCCAAUGGCUAUUCUCACAAUGCCCAAGUUGUAUAUGGUGACACCGAUUCCGUCAUGGUUAAAUUUGGAACGAAUGAUCUCGCUGAGGCCAUGAAACUCGGAGAAGAAGCGGCAAACUUCGUAUCAUCCAAAUUCACCAAGCCGAUCAAACUUGAAUUCGAGAAAGUCUACUUUCCGUAUUUGUUGAUCAACAAGAAGCGUUACGCUGGUCUGUAUUGGACCAAGCCUGAGAAGUAUGACAAAAUGGACACCAAGGGUAUUGAGACGGUUCGACGAGAUAACUGCCUACUUGUGCAGACUGUUAUCGAGAAAGUGCUUCGUAUGAUCUUAAUCGAGCGGGACGUACCAGGAGCCCAAGAAUACGUCAAAAAUAUUAUUUCAGAGCUGCUACAGAACAAGAUCGACAUGUCCAAGUUGGUGAUUACGAAAGCUCUGACGAAAGAAAGCUAUGACGCGAAACAAGCUCACGUCGAGUUAGCCGCACGCAUGAAGAAGCGCGAUCCUGGCUCUGCGCCUGGUUUGGGUGACCGUGUAGCGUAUGUCAUGAUCAAAGGCGCCAGUGGAUCCAAAAACUAUGAAAACUCCGAGGACCCUAUCUACGUCCUUGAGAACAACAUUCCCAUUGAUACGAGGUACUACCUAGAUAAUCAGCUUGCCAAACCUCUCGGCCGUAUUUUCGACACCAUUGACGGUGAGGCGAAGGCCAAGUCGCUCCUCACAGGCGCGCACACGCGUACUAUUUCGGUAGCAGCGCCUACGGUCGGCGGUCUCAUGAAGUUCGCGAAGAAGACCAUGACGUGUAUGGGAUGCAAGAAGCCCCUGGCUGGCAAGGAGGAGAGCGCGGGCGCGGUAUGCUCCAACUGCGCACCGAGGGCGGGCGAGCUCUACAAGAAGACGCUGGACAAGGUGUCGGAUCUCGAGGUGCGGUUCGGACGGCUCUGGACACAAUGUCAACGGUGUCAAGGCAGCAUGCACAAUGAAGUCAUAUGCAGCAGCAAAGACUGUCCCAUCUUCUAUAUGCGCAUGAAGGCGAAAAAGGACGUUGAAGACGCAGGAAAAGAGCUUAAGCGGUUCGACUUUGACCAGUCGAUCAUGUGGUGAGAGCUCGACGGGCUUUGUGGGAAACAUGUUGAGGCUUUUUCUUCGUAAUGGUGCAUAUUAGCAUGGCGUUCCUUGGGAUUUAUCAUUGUUCAAACAUAGGGCCCAUCGUUUGUUGUCUGCUGUCAAUGGUGACGAUCGGGAAACUCGGCGGCAUUGUGUAUAGUUAGGUAUCUAAUUAGGACAAGGUGAAAACAACAUCUGUAUACCUACGUCAAACACUACUCGCCUCCUCGCUCUGAGGGAUGACAUGGUCUUCUAACUCCCGAAGAUCAAAUUACAUAUGCGGGUCUCUGGAAACUGAUCACUA